UGCGGCGGGGCCGCGGCGAGGGUAUAUGGCGGUGACACUGUCCGCCCUGGCUGCCAGGCUCUCCCAGUCGGCCGCGGCCAGGUCGUACGGCGUGUUCUGCAAGGGGCUGACCAGAACCCUCCUCAUCUUCUUCGACCUGGCCUGGAAGCUCCGCAUCAACUUCCCGUACCUUUACAUCGUCGCCUCCAUGAUGCUCAACGUGCGGCUGCAGGUCCAUAUUGAGAUCCACUGAUUUGUCACUUGUGCUGCUUGUACUAUUUGGAGUCAGUCGUGUUCUUCUUCAAGCUCGUUCUGCUGUGAAAUAGCAAAGCUAUGCUCAUCUUCUAUAGGAAUAUGAAGAAAGAAUAUUUAAACCUGGAAAGAGUAUGUGAUGGUGGCCAAGAUCGUCACAAGGCAGCAGCACACUUGGCACACAUACAUUCCGUAUUGAACAACUCUCAAAAUCACAGUGGCAGUUUACAAAAAGAAUUAUUUUAUUUUAACAUCAGGAAUUGUUCUCUCUUUAAUAAUAUACCUCCGCCUUACCUUGGCUCAGAAAUGCCUUUGAAUUUGAGUGAAUCAGCAGGGAGAAACUCAAAUGUAGCGGCUUUAUGGAAAGAUUCAUUGUGUCUUUGUUUUUAUUCUGGGAAGGACAGGCUUGAUGGGGUUUCUCACUGCAUUAAUAGCAUUUCAGUAGUGGGCUGGCUGGAGAAAGCUUGUAGUUUUGCUGGAGACUUUAGCUCAUGCUGCCCAGGAGACAACACUGCAUAUUUUGCACACGUGUGGCUGGGAAAGUUGCAGUGUAAUCAAGAACUGCAGUUUCUGGAAUUAGAAGCGAGCAGCAUCAUAGGGAAUGAAUUACAGCUUGCACUUCCUGGAGAGCUGGAGUUGGGUGGACUUCCUGAUCUCUCUUCUGCUCCAGUUGCCUCACUGAAUGGUUUUACAAUGGGACUCUUAAACAACUGUAUUUUUCCUUAUUACUUAAACCCUGUUACUUCAGAGCAAACACUUGGAUAUAAGAAGAUGCUUUCAGAUGUACUAUAUGGGACUAACAGUUUUUACAUCGUGCAGCUAGUAAUGCCUGUGCUAGCUUUUGCACUAGCAGGUCUCUGGUGUGAAGUAGCGAAGAUAAAAGUGUACUAAAAUUUUAAUAAUGACGAUUUUAAAUGUUAAUAGGAACUUAAUUGAGAGACAGAGACAAGGCUACUGUUCAGGUUGUAGUGAUAAGUAGAUAGCUAAAGUAAAAAUUGCAUUUGUGUAAUUGCUAGUAAAACUGUCUGUUGGGAAUAAUAGGGACUUUUUUUUUUAGUACAGAAUAUCUGCCUUUGAGUGGAAAAAACUUCUUAAUCUCAAAACUUUUGGGGACACCUCAGGUGUCCCAUUAACAUGAGUGUAGAACUCAAUGUGACUGUUUAACGCAAAUCUUUUGUUUUCUUCAGAUUUUGUAUUUGCUGAGUACUCUGGCUACUGUUUACAACCAUUUCCAAUGAAGCUACUGCUUACAGAACUGAAUUCCCAGCAUGAAACCACCUCUAAAGUAUCAGUCCUUAAAACACUUUGAAUAGGAAAGCCACUGGGGUGAUGGUUUUCAGUACAGCGCAGCUCUCUCCAGUGGUCCUUUUUAAGGGUGUUACUGCUCCAACUUGUACAGGAAUUUGUUAGCUCCGUUGGGCUACAAUGGGCACUAUAAAUAAUUUCUAACAAAAAUUCCUUGAGACAGCAAUUGUUAUCAGUGAAGCAUAAGUAAUCAUUUCUGUUGACUUUGGCAUAGACUUCUGAUUACAGGAUUUAGCAAAGAAUGGAGAAAGCAUGUUGAAAUCAAUACGGCUGCUUCUGAGUAAGAAAUUGUAGAACAUGUUCCCAUGCACACAUCAGUGGAGAAACUCAUUGUGCAGAAGAUCGGAGUUUGAACUCUGUGUCCAAAUUUUCAACGAAGGGAGUUUUGUUACAAGUAGGCUCAGGGUGCUCUGUGGACUUGCCUGAAGAGGGAGGUACUGAUGUGGUGGGUUAGCCUGUGUCUUCAGCUAACUCUUCACUCUGAGUCACAAGUAAUGGGGACGAAACUCAUGCCAGUGACUGACAGGCUAAGUGUCACUUUUGCUAUCUAACUUCUCUUCAAAGCAGAUGUGGUAUUUAGUUUGAACUGCAUUCAUCUGGAAAGCUAGGGGUGUUUCUAAGUAUUAUUUUUAAGCACGCCAGCAUAGAAAAGUCCUUGACUAUGAAGGUGAGAUGCUGGUUAGCAGUGUGAUAGGGAGAUGUGCUGGACUAACUACUGGAGUGCUGAAAGUUAGGUACACUAAUUCCUGUGGUGUGCUGUGUUUUUAUUAUCCCAGCUGGUAGAUUAUUUCUUCUGGAUGUUAGAAGAAAUAAAAACCCAUUUGCUUUAAUUUAGAAAGUAA